AUGAGAGUGGAGUCGAGGGAUGCUGCAGAUGGACAGAGAAGGGGGAGGCCGUUAAGACAGAGGGCAGAGAGACAGGCAGAUAGCAGGAGGGCUGUCGUCGCACGGCUAACGCAGAGAGUGGAGAGCGCGCGAUCCGUAGCGCCGAAAUUUGUAAACGCUUCUGCCGCGCGAUGGAUUCGGCAUGACAAGCCGCCUGCAGUGUUCGACAGUCUGGAGAACCCAUCGCCGUGCCGCCAGCGGCCGAAUUUCGCCGCACUCCCCAGUGAUAUCGGAGCCGCCCACCGUGACGGUUCUGGGUCGAAUCCCAGUGAUAUCGGAGCCGAUGCCUCGGCAUCAGACCCCACCCUGACCGAACUGUUUCAGAGCCCCUCUGCAUGUGGAUGCCCAUGAGGGGGCUGAUGGCAGCCAUAGCGGCGGGGUGGAUCUGAGCCCAUACAGAACGCCGUGUGUGUGUGUGUGUGUGCGUGUUGCAGGUCCCGAGCACGCUGUGUCGUCCCUGCACCCGCAUGACAAGGCGGUCGAUUCUAGUGCGAUGGGUCAGAUUCUGCUGUGGGUGUCGUUCCUGGAGAUGGUCGGCCUGGUGGCCCUCAGGCAGACCGUCAGCGGGUCGGGCAGAAAGCCGGGCGCAUUCAGGUUCGACCCACUAGGAUCCUGCAAAAACAAAGACCCCGACUACGUGGUGAGUUCAGUCCGACGGAAGAGGGCUUGGUCGGGUGUGAAGAGGGCUUGGUCGUGUAUAAGUGUGUGUGUGUGUGUGAUGUGUCAGCGUGACAUGGAGGAAAAAGAGUUCAACCACUGCCGAGCAGCCAUGCUCGCCAUCAGCGGUAAGCCAGUCAGAGAGACGUCGAGGCAGGCAUCAUUCCAGCCAGUCACUCAUCGUGCAUCGUCCUUCCUGCAGGCGUCCUCACGCAGGACGCAGUCUUCAAGACCGGCUUCCCCUACAUCGGCAGCUAUACCUGAGUGAGAGCGGCGGCCCCAGGGUGCCUGUGGGGAGGGAGGGUUGCAGCGAGGAGGAAAGACGUAUGCACGCAACGUUUUGCCGUCCCGCCAUGAUUUGUAACGUAACACUCCCGUGCGGUUGCGAGAGGACGGGAGUGCGGCUGGCAUGGAUGCAGUGUUUUUGGGUAACUCUGCUCGCCGGGAUUGCCUGCGUGCGAGCGUGUGUGUACAUAGCUGCUAUGCAUUGGACAGAGAGAGUGGAACGGAUGACACACGCACAGGCGG